AUGUCUCUCCUCAUUGUCCUGUGUUUCUGUUACCUCUCGUCUCUGACACCGACGGACACCCACGGUUGUUCACUGGACUGCGUCCCCCGUAAAACGGUCCCUUACAGUAACAAUGGAAGGUUGUUCCGAGAGGAGGGCAUAUGGAACUACUCCACCAUGUUACUUAGAGAGGACCUGAACGUGCUCAUCCUGGGAGCACGAGAGGCUGUAUUUGCCUUGGACUUAAAGGACAUCACUCAGAAACUGGCAGAAGUUAAGUGGGAAGUCCCAGAUAAACAGCAGGAUGAAUGUGGAUAUAAAGGAAAAGAUAUUGAGGUUGACUGUCAAAACUACAUUAGGAUCUUGCAUAAGAUGGAAGAUGGGAAGAUGUAUGUCUGUGGGACACAUGCUUUCAACCCCACCUGCGACCACCUGACUUAUGCUAAUGGGACAUUAACCCGUGAGGGUAUAGCAGAGGAUGGGAAAGGAAAAUGCCCCUUUGAUCCUUUCCAGAGAUACGCCUCAGCAUUUGUUGAAGGACACCUCUUCUCUGCCACUUCCAUGAAUUUCCUGGGCUCAGAGCCAGUUGUGAUGCGUAGCUCUGAGGACCAAAUCCGAACAGAAUUCACCACUUCCUGGCUCAAUGAGCCAACUUUCAUCUACAUGGACCACAUUGCUGAAGGUGGAGUGGAUGAUGAUGAUGAUAAAGUGUACCUGUUCUUCAGUGAGACAGCUGUGGAAUAUGACUUCUUCAACAGACUGGCUGUGUCUCGUGUUGCUCGUGUGUGCAAGGGGGAUCAAGGGGGAUUGCGGACAUUACAGAGGAAAUGGACGUCAUUUAUGAAGGCUCGUUUGGACUGCCCUGUUCUCAAGGCCAGCUUGCCGUUUCUUGUGCAGGAUGUUUUCCGUUUGUGUGACGGACACUGGUCAUCGUGUUUGUUCUAUGCCGUCUUCACUUCCCAGUUGGAGUCAUCACAACAUUCAGCUGUGUGUGCGUACAGCAUAAAGGACAUCCAAGAUGUUUUUACCAAAGGGAAGUUUAAGACUAAAGUCUCUGUACAGCCCUCUUUUGAGAAAUGGGUGAUGUACAAUGGAGAUCUGCCUGACCCUCGUCCUGGGGCUUGCAUUAACCCUGAAGCAAGGGACAAAGGGUACAAAACAUCUUUGGACCUUCCAGAUAAGACCCUGCAGUUUAUCAAGGACAGACCACUCAUGGACCAGGCAGUUCAGCCACUGCGCAAUGGUCCAGUCCUGAUAAAGAAUGGAGCAGCAUUCACCCGCAUAGUGGUGACCAAUGUAACUGCCUUGGACAGAAAUUGGCAUAUUGUAAUGUUCAUUGGCACAGAAUCAGGCUCGGUGCUGAAGGCAGUUAACUAUGAGGGAGAGAUGUUUAUAAUUGAGGAAGUACAGGUUUUUCAGCCGGCAGAGCCCGUGAACAUUCUACGCCUUUCAGUCACUACGGGUCAGCUCUACGUGGGCUCAAAUUUGGGAGCCAUGCAGAUGCCACUAAGUGUGUGCAGUCGUUACUCCUCCUGUGUGGACUGUGUGCUUGCCAGAGACCCCUACUGUGUUUGGGACCUCACUAUUAACAAAUGCGCUAAUUUGUUUGAUAAACACAGAAAUGGAUCCAGUGAGAUCAUUCAAAGUUUGAUGAAAGGAGAUGCCUCUCGCUGUCCACCUGCAGAAAGUGCAAAGCCAGUAAAGACACUCUUCUUUCUGGGAAGUGAUGUGAAGUUGCACUGCCCACCUGGAUCAAACCUGGCACGGACAGAGUGGAAGGUGAAUGAAGAGGUCCUUACAAACUCCAAAAGCAGACAGAUUCACCAUGACGGUCUAAUGAUCCUCAAUGCUUCAGACACAGACGCCGGCCACUACGUCUGCCGGUCUGUGGAGAAAACAUAUUAUUUAACACAUGCCAUGUAUGACCUGAGCGUUCAAGGUUCUGCAUCCAGACAUCUGCCACAGAACCAAAGAAAUUCAGGAGAACUGGUGACACUAAAGGUCUUUGUAGCCCUUCUGUCAAUGAUGCUGGUUGCUCUUGUGGUCUGGAACCUGUACCAAGGACACAUUUCCUUGCCUGGAUGCAGCAAGGUAAGACAAGACACCGGUUCUGGGCAGACUGCGUUUCCCUCUGUACUGGAUCCUCUCUGUAAUCAGGAGGAAAAAGUCACGGCACUGCCUGGGAACAGUAACAGCAAUAAUAACCAUGAAGUCGAUGAUCUUGUGUUGUCCUAUCCAGAGGAGAAGACAAUCAACCAUUCUCCUCUAGACAUAAGAUACAUUGACGAUGAGUCUGAGAUUUAG